ACGACUGAUUGGUCAACAAUUUUUCAGUUACUCGUCCUUCAAACCAACCUCUCUUUUUGCUUCUCUCUUCCAUGGAUUCUUCUCAACCCAAAUCACAAUUAGGGUUUUUCUCAAAAAUCCUCUUUCACUCUCUCUCUAGAUUCUCUCUUUCAUGGAGCCUACAGAUCAGGCUGCUCAAUCAGCUUCUUCGUCUUCUUCGGCAUCUGCAUCUUCCUCUUCCUCAACCAUUUGGGAGUUUUCCGGCGCCCCAACCACGUCGUAUUCGUUCUUUCCGGUCAGAGAGGAGGAGGAGGUGGCGGCGGAAGAGGCGGAGGACGACGGCGAUCGACCGUCGUUGCUCGUUCAGCGACAGACUGGGGUUGGUUACCAUGUCCACUACCCAAUAACAACUGAAGAUGAAGAGACAUCGAGAUUGAUCAGAGACGAUACUUGGUCUUGCAUCAUUGUUGUCCUCACCUUUUGGUUCUUUGUUUCAAUGACUUUGAUUUUGGGGGUAUACGGUGCUGUCAAUCUACAACUUGGCUCUAAUUGUUCUCUUCUAAUAACACCUAAUCCACUAUUUGUGGAGUCUAUAAAGGUGGAGCAAUUAGAUGAAGCAAACAAUGGACCUAUUCUAUAUGGAUUUUACAAAGAGCCACCGCGUGAUGUUGUAACUACUUGGUCAGAAACUCAGAGCACCUACAUCCCAGCUCAUCUUUACAAGGAUUGGGUGUAUAUAUUGAAUGAGGGGUCUCAAAUAAAUAUUUCGUACAGUGUGAACUCUCCAAGCUCAUCUUCUCUAAUCCUUAUAAUUGCCCAAGGGAAUGAAGGAUUUGCUCAAUGGCUUGAAGACAUAUCAUAUCCUAAUAGCACCAUGUCAUGGAAUGUCAUUCAUGGAAGUGGUAUAAUCCAGCAGGAUAUUUUCCAGUCUUCUACUUACUAUGUUGCAGUGGGUAACUUGAACCAGGAAGAAGUGGAGGUGCAAUUAAAUAUCAGCUUGAAGGCUUUCCUGUAUAAUACAUCUGAUGCGUAUUACAACUGUGCUGUGGCUCACAGUGCUUGUAGUUUGAAAAUGUUUUUCCCCAGUGGAAAUGCUGCUGUCUUAACCUCUCCAGGUCCAGAACAGGGCACAACCAGUGAUCAGUGGUAUGUUAAACUGUCCUAUGGACCUCGAUGGAUCACGUAUCUUGUUGGUAUAGGUGUAAUGACUGUCUUCAUGCUGUUGGCCUUCCACUUCUUGAACAAUUUCCAAUGUACCCAUGAAGAAGGAAACAGAUUUCAAUUUGGGGAAUUGAGAUCAGAGAGAGCUCCUCUACUUACACAAAAAGACGAUGAUCUGUCAAGUUGGGGUUCGUCUUAUGAUUCUGUCUCACAAGAUGACGAAGAUCUUGAAGAUGGGCUGGCAGUGGGUUCACUUGAGGGGAAGCCACUAAAAGAUGGUGAAUACAAUAAUAACAUUCGGCGUCUCUGUGCAAUUUGCUUUGAUGCUCCUAGGGACUGUUUCUUCCUUCCAUGUGGGCACUGUGUGGCUUGUUUUGCAUGCGGAACAAGGAUUGCGGACUUGGCAGGUACUUGCCCUAUCUGUCGGAGGAACAUGAAGAAGGUGAGGAAGAUAUUUACAGUUUGAGCAAACAUACAGAAGUUCCCCAAGAAGCGCUACUUGGAUAACAGCUUGUGAUGUAGAUUGAUUCAUUUGAUUGUGUCUAUACACCAUUGCAUUGUUCAAGCUAUGAUCCAUGCUAGGUGGCUAGAAUACUAUUGGAAACUAGAUGGGCAAACAUUGAUCAAGCCUUCUGUACUUUUCAAGUGUCAAGUGCUUGAAGUCAUUUUUUGUAAGUGAUGCUUAGAUGUAUAUUUCUUUUAAGCACGCGAAAAGUUUUGACCUAUCAAAUUAUGGAUUCUCUAGUUGGCUGCGUUUAAUUAA